CACUGUUUGGAUAAUUUUCACCAAUUCUCCUAUUUUCUAGUACUAGUUUGGUAUUUGUCUUUUCUAUACUGUAUUUAUUAUGUAAUAAGUGUGUAGAAUACUGAUAUGAAGUUAAUUAAAAUUAAUAGAGUGGUUCAAUGUAAAUAAAUAAAAUAAAAGCGAAGGUUUGUAGUAGUAGUAUAUGUGUUUAGUUAACUUAUUCUCUUGGAUCCAAAUAUCUCGGCAUCGACAAAGGAGAGAUCCUUCCAAAGAAAGAAGACGAAAACGAGAAAGAGAGUUUUAAGAAACACAAAAGCUCAGUUUCUGGUUUUCAAGAUUUCAAAUUUCGAAAUGUUACUCUUGAGAUUUUGACCUGUGUUGAGAGAGAUUCGUGAUGGGCCUCUGUCAUUCGAAACCUCCAAGCUCCGAUCGAGUUCCGGCCCAGAAUAGUCCUCUCCCGGCGUCGGAAUCCAUAAAGCCUCCUCCUAACGGCGACAAUGAGGGGAAGAAAUCUCCCUUCUUCCCCUUCUUCAGCCCGAGCCCAGCUCACUCCUUCUUCUCCAAGAAGACUCCGGCGACCAGCGGAAACUCCACGCCGAAGCGGUUCUUCAAGCGGCCCUUUCCGCCUCCGUCUCCGGCCAAACACAUCAGAGCUGUUCUCGCGAGACGCCACGGCUCCGUGAAGGCCAUCCCGGAAGGCGGCGGCGGCGAAUCCGAGGUGGGUUUGGAUAAAAGCUUCGGGUUCUCGAAGGGGUUCUCGAGUAAGUACGAGGUGGGUGAGGAAGUGGGUCGUGGGCAUUUCGGGUACACUUGCGCUGCCAAGUUUAAGAAAGGUGAUUCCAAAGGACUGCAAGUGGCUGUUAAGGUUAUUCCCAAAGCAAAGAUGACUACGGCUAUUGCUAUUGAAGAUGUGAGGAGGGAAGUGAAGAUAUUGAGAGCUUUGUCUGGUCAUAACAACCUUCCUCAUUUCUAUGAUGCCUAUGAGGAUCAUGACAAUGUCUAUAUUGUGAUGGAGCUAUGUGAAGGAGGAGAGCUUUUGGAUAGAAUACUCUCUAGAGGUGGGAAGUACACAGAGGAGGAUGCAAAGACUGUUAUGAUUCAGAUAUUGAAUGUCGUUGCCUUUUGUCAUCUCCAAGGUGUUGUCCACCGUGAUCUCAAACCCGAGAACUUCCUUUAUACCUCAAAAGAAGACACCUCUCAACUCAAGGCAAUAGAUUUUGGCUUGUCAGAUUACGUGAGACCGGGUAAAAAUAGUUGUCUUCUACUUAGCCUGCCUCCACAAUCUAGACGACCAACAUUUGUUUAUUAUACCCUUUCACAAUUCCAUUUUGCAGAUGAGAGGCUCAACGACAUUGUUGGCAGUGCUUACUACGUAGCACCUGAGGUUCUACAUAGAUCUUACAGCACAGAAGCUGAUAUUUGGAGUGUUGGUGUGAUUGUCUAUAUUCUGUUAUGUGGAAGCCGACCGUUUUGGGCUAGGACAGAGUCAGGAAUCUUCCGUGCUGUUCUAAAAGCAGAUCCCACUUUCGACGACACUCCCUGGCCUUUGUUAUCUUCAGAGGCAAGAGAUUUUGUGAAGCGGUUGCUAAACAAAGACCCUCGUAGAAGAUUAACAGCUGCUCAGGCCUUGAGUCAUCCAUGGAUAAAGGACUCAAAUGACGCCAAGCUUCCAUUGGAUAUUCUUGUUUUCAAACUCAUGAGAGCUUAUUUAAGAUCAUCGUCUCUCCGUAAAGCUGCAUUAAGGGCCUUGUCGAAAACACUUACGGUUGAUGAACUGUUUUAUCUGAGGGAGCAGUUUGCUUUGCUAGAACCUAGCAAGAACGGAACAAUAAGUCUAGAAAACAUCAAAUCUGCUCUGAUGAAAAUGGCAACAGACGCAAUGAAGGAUUCACGUAUACCUGAAUUCUUAGCACAACUGAGUGCUCUUCAAUAUAGAAGAAUGGACUUUGAAGAGUUUUGCGCAGCGGCAUUAAGUGUCCAUCAGCUAGAAGCUCUUGAUAGAUGGGAACAACACGCUCGUUGUGCUUAUGAGCUUUUCGAAAAGGAAGGAAACAGACCCAUCAUGAUAGAUGAACUCGCUUCGGAACUUGGUCUUGGUCCUUCUGUACCUGUCCAUGCAGUGCUUCACGACUGGCUUAGACAUACAGAUGGAAAGCUUAGCUUUCUUGGGUUUGUGAAAUUGUUACAUGGUGUGUCUAGCCGCACUAUCAAAGCUCAUUAGAAGGGUGUUUAGAAACUUCCACAAUAUGUAUGAGAUUUGUUCUUAGAUCUCUUCUCUCCCAAGAGCUUUAGACCAAUUGGGUUUUAAUAUGGCUUUGUCUUUUGUGAA